UGUCACAAUGACAUGUACCUAACGCAGCUAGCACUGCUUCAGUGAGGUAAAUAAAGCACGUUAACAUAGCCCCCCCUGCGGCACACGGCCACGCACUCAGAGCUAAACCCCACCUUUAAGUUAAUGACUGAGCUAAAGUAAAGUUAAGAAUGGAAUACCUGAGGAAACCCCUGAUGACCCUUCCCCACCUCUGGAAGCCCCUCGUGUGUGCUCGACACAGGUGUUGUUCCAAACUAGCGCCUCCGAGGGACGGGAAGACCACCGUAGGUCCGAGCUUUCGGGACUUCAUCAAAGGAGUUUCUGUUCAUAGGACUCGUGCAGCAGCCGAGGAGGACUCCGACUCCCACGCGUACCUGUCCGAGGACCUGCUAGUGGGCAACUCGAGGAAAGUGUAUUUUGAGACCUAUGGGUGUCAAAUGAACGUCAACGACACGGAGAUCGCCUGGUCCAUCCUGCAGAGGAAGGGAUACCUGCGCACAGUGGACUUACGAGAGGCAGACGUUGUCCUUCUGGUGACCUGCUCCAUAAGAGAGAAGGCCGAGCAGACCAUCUGGAACCGGCUGAGACAGCUGACGGCCAUGAAGAAGAGGCGGCUCAAGAGCCACACGCCGAUGAAGAUUGGGAUUCUAGGCUGCAUGGCAGAGAGGCUGAAGACGGAGCUGCUGGAGCGGGAGAAGCUGGUGGACCUUCUCGCCGGUCCAGACGCGUACCGGGACCUUCCCCGCCUCUUGGCCGUGGCGGACGGGGGUCUUCAGGCCAGCAACGUGCUGCUGUCGCUGGAGGAGACGUACGCCGACGUCAUGCCCGUCCACCAUGCUCCUCAGGGGAACGCUGCUUUUGUGUCCAUCAUGCGAGGCUGCGACAACAUGUGCAGUUACUGCAUUGUUCCCUUCACCCGAGGGAGAGAGAGGAGCAGACCCGUCCACUCCGUGCUGGAGGAAGUCCGCAUGCUGUCCGACCAGGGUGUGAAGGAGGUGACUCUCCUGGGUCAGAACGUCAACAGCUACAGAGACACGUCGGAGAAGCAGUUCUGCAGCUCGGACCCAACCAAACUCAGCCCGGGCUUCAACACUGUGUACCGAGCGAAGCAGGGAGGUCUGCGCUUCUCCGACCUGCUGGACCGAGUGUCACGCAUCGACCCCGACAUGAGGAUCCGAUUCACUUCCCCGCAUCCCAAGGACUUCCCUGAUGAGGUUUUGCACCUGAUCGCGGAGCGAGGGAACAUCUGUAAUCAGAUCCACCUUCCGGCCCAGAGCGGCAGCAGCGAGGUCCUGAAGGCGAUGCGGCGCGGCUACACGAGAGAGGCCUACCUCCAUCUCGUUGGGAACAUCAAGAGAAUCAUCCCAGAGGCGAGCCUCAGCAGUGACUUCAUCUCGGGCUUCUGUGGCGAGACGGAGGAGGACCACCAGCAGACGCUGUCUCUGAUCAGAGAGGUGGGCUACAAUGUGGGAUUCCUGUUUGCCUACAGCAUGAGGAAGAAAACGAACGCCGCCCAUCGGCUGCGGGACGACGUGCCGCCGGAGGAGAAGCGGCGGAGGCUGGAGGAGUGCAUCGCUGCCUUCAGGGAGGAAGCCGCAAAGGUCAACGCCGCGCUCAUCGGAAGCACACAGCUGGUCCUGGUGGAGGGAGAAAGUAAAAGAUCUGCCGAGGACCUGUGUGGGAGAACGGACGGCAACAUGAAGGUGAUCUUCCCCAAAGAGGACGUCGCUGUCCAGCCUUCAGCAUUGGACACAGCGUCUGUCCAUGCAGGGGACUAUGUGCUGGUGAAGAUUUUGUCGUCCAGCUCCCAGAGCCUGAGAGGCCGAGCCCUCAGUCACAGUUCCCUCAGCGACACGCCCAAGGACGGCGAGCUUCUCCAGAGGCCCCGGCUGGCUGACCUCGUGACCUCAGAGGCAACGAGGACACUUGCUCCUUCUCUUCAAUGACUUUGAAGACACACGCAGGACGUUUUUUCUUCUGUCACGUUGGGCGUGGUUUGAUAUGUAUUUAAGAUUUGAACGGCUGAGGGAUUGUAUGAGUGACUCACAGGAGAAGGCGUCAGUUUAUUAAGGUGACUGACAAUUUUGAGUGUUUCCAUUUUUAGCUGUCAAACCGGGUUGCAUGACAUGUGAAGCAUACGGUUCUCUUCAUUUCUUAACCAACAACGGUAGCUGAUUUGUUUCGGUGGUUACUUGAUUGAUGUGAAGGCAUUUUUUUUCUGUAAUUGCAGUUAAAAUAUCUCCGAUCAGCACAUUUGUGGAAUCACGAGUCAGACACUUCGACCAUUUUUUUCAAGUCAGCAGCAGAAAGUGCUGCAAUCUGCUCUGAAAGGAGCCGAAUGUAGAGACACGACUGCAGUGACCCGGUUGGAGAAGGUCAUUGAUCCAUGUGUUACGUGUGGAAAACCUGCUCUGGCUUAACAAUUAAAACCUGAAGAAAAACAGUCAAACGAUGGCUGGUAAGACAAAUAUGUGCAUGAUUCAGUUUUUAUUCAAACUUUGAAUGUCCUUUGAACUUUAAGGUGGCAGAAAUCAAUUCUGGGAGGCUCCAUGGAUGCUAUUUGAACUGAACAUCCGUCCCAAUCAGCAUAUAGUCCUGGAGAAAAGCACAGCAACAGUCGUUAAUAAGCAGUUUUAAGGAUUAUGAAUGAUCUUCUGCCCCUGUCCUCGUCAUAUGACACAUGCAGCUUUAAAAACAAGAAAAGAAAAAGACAACCAGUCUCUGACCUUCAGGACCUGAAGCUGAGUGUUGACAAGUUUCAUCUUGCCGAUGGUGGGAAGUGGGUACCCCUUUGCAAGUUGACCUACGGAGCAAGAUUUCAAACGUUUAGAAAAACUAGCCCCAAAAAUCCAAUGGGGCAAACGUAGCAAUACAUUUAGCGUCUGAAUGAUGAAGCUCAAUACAUGCAUUUCAUUUGCAUGACAUAACAAGAGAAUAAACCGAUGAACCAAUACAAAAAGUACAACAGGAGAUUCUAAUUAUUUUUUUUAACUGCUUCAGUACAAUGAACAAACAAUGCUGUAAAAUAUUUAUCACGUUAACAAAUACAAAGUGUUUUGGGAAACCAGGUCAGCCUUUGGCCAUCUACGGAGGCAGCAGAAACAAG